AUGGCUGAGGAUGAAGAGCCCAAAAGCUUGAACUGGGAUGAGAUCCACGACAUGGUGGUCCAGAAGGGCAAUAAUUGCAUAAAUGGCAUAAAGCUAAAGGACAUUGACUGGUUCUUAAGAGACUCUAACGUCUCUGCCAAUCUCACCAGAAGGGAUCUGGAACCAGAUAUACCACUUCCAGCCGACGAUAGAACACUUACCACCCCAGCAUCGCCACAGAUGGCCACCACCGUUUCCAAUACGAAUGACAAUAUCUCAGGGAAACUGAAACCCUCAAUAUCUCCGAUUUCGGAAGAACCCAUCACUUCCGCGUCCAAUGGACAGGCUUCUUCUCUGCGAUCCCUUCCAAUUUACCCAAGAAGACGAUCCAGUGCUGCCAGUUUGGCCAGUGCAAGCAGCAAUGGUAGCUCAGCCAGCAACGGUGGAUUCUUUUCGAAACUCAAAAACAAAUUCCACAAAUCAGAUCCGCCCAGUACAAAUGCAUCUCCUUCCCUCCCUCCACAGUCGGCCAGCGCAGACGGCCAAGACUUAUUCAAGAAAGAUUAUCAAAUGCGGCUUUCGAGACAAACAUCUCCUUUGAACAUCUCGUCAUCACCAUCCCAAUCGGUACCUGAUGUGAGGGGGUCCUCCACCAGCCGCAGAGCUUCGCAGGACUCCACUGAUCCCAGGCUUGAUGAGUACGUUCGCUUUUACAAGCAACCCGAUCUGAGACGAAGCUCAUUGAGUCGUCGCAACUCUGUACGGUCUGUCAACGGGCUCGAGAGUUGUCUUUUAAACCCGAUUCCGCAGAAGAAGCCCUCUAUCUCGCAAGAGUCUACUAAGGAGAGCACAACAUCCAAAUUUUCGUCCUUGCUUCGUCGUAAGAGUGUGUCAUCUACUCCAGCUAGCAUCAGAGAAGAGACCGGCCGCGACUGCCAAUCUUUCGAUUCGGCCGAUUCUAGCAGUGGCCUGAACUGUACAAGUGCAGAGAACCUUCCACAGUUCAAAGGCUUGAAGCCCUUGAAGCGUGUUGCAUUUCACUCACUGACAUUCCUCAUUGACCCACCACAGCAAAUUCCAUCUAGAAAUCCUCGUAAAGGUAAUGUCGACAUCUUACCUGGCAAUGUUGUCAGGAUCAAUCCUCUCACAGAAGCUGAUAAGGAAGCUAUCGAGCGGUCACAGCGCGGACAAGGUGGGGGUUUAGUUGUGGGUGGCACUGGAGCUCUCGGACUCAUCAACAAAGAUGAACAGGAUGACGAUGGCGAUGCGGCGCCUCAAGAAGAUGACGAUCCUGAGGCAGAGGCGGAGCAGAGUCCGGUCCAAGAUGACAAAGAGGUGGAACAAGAUUCCGCUAUCGACGAGCAUGCGAAGCUGAUUGCCAUCGACAAACCAAUGUUGCAUCACACUGCCCGCAAGGGCUACUCAGUGCCUAUCAGGAAGAUGGCUCUUGAUCUCAUGUAUACUAGAUGUUGUCACUUGCGUGAAAUUUUACCCAUCCCAGCUAUAGCCAAGCAGAUUCCAAAAGGCACAAUGACUCCACUUCCUAUAAUCCAGCUCCGCAACCCAGCACCAUCAAUGAUCGAGAUACAGACUUUUGCCGACUUUAUCCGAAUUGCACCCAUAUUCUGUGUUUCUCUUGAUGGCGUCAGUCUCUCCCUCGAGCAGUUCAAGAUUUUACUCAGCGCCAUGGCUUCCAAGACACAACUUGAAAAGUUGAGUUUGAGAAAUACGCCCAUAGAUGCCGAGGGUUGGUCGCUCCUUUGCUGGUUCCUCUCCAGAAACAAAGUCAUCAGCAAAUUGGAUAUUACGCAGUGCCCACCAUUAUCGGUUAAUGUUCUCAAGAAAAAAAAGAAGAAGACAGAAGAGGAUACCCUCGUCCGUAUGAAUUGCAACAAAGAGAAUAGAUCUGAUAUGGAUUGGUCAUUGUUUACAGCAACUCUUAUUGCUAGAGGAGGUAUUGAUGAACUCAUUCUUACGGGUUGUUGCAUCAAUGAUAUUGAAGUUUUCGAUAAGCUCAUUUCCCAAGCCAUCUCGCUCAAAACCUAUAGACUCGGAAUGGCGUACAACCAAAUCCGACCACAACAGUUGAAAAUCUUGUUUGAAAAGUGGGUGCUUACAGGUAAAAGCCGUGGACUCGAUUUGGGCUACAAUGAUUUCCUGUCACCAGCCUAUUUACAUACUAUCGUGGACUUGACCAGAGAUCCCAGGCUGUCGGCUCUCAUACCAAAAACUAAUUUAGCGUUCAUGAGUUUGAAUGCAACAAACAUGAGAUUCAGCCUGCUCUUCAAAGAGGCCUUCGAGAAGUUCUUGGUUGAGUUACCCAACCUUAAAUACCUAGACUUGUCCAACAAUCCUAGACUUUUUGGCUCGAGGGUGAGCGGCGAAGCUGAUUCUGAAGAGAGCUCGACUUAUAAUGAUGCGCUGUCUGGCUCCCAAAAGGCUCUCAACCUAGAGGCAGAACAGAAACAGAGCCAAGAGGCUAUCUUCAGUUAUUUCAUGUUGAAGCUUCCGUUGUUCAAAGGAUUAGUUCGUCUUCAUUUGGAGAACAAUGGUCUAACCUCGGCUUCUUUGGUGGCCCUCUCAGAAACCAUCCCAUUUUGCAAGAGACUUGGCUACUUGUCAGUUCUUGGUAACGAACUUGAUGUUGUUGCAGGCACAGCUCUUAUUGAGGGUCUCAAAAACUCUAAGACUUUAAUUACCAUUGAGUGUGACUACAACCUUCUUCCAGACUUGUUCAAGGAGCGUAUUGGUCUCUACACCAUGCGCAACAUGGAACGUGCGGUGGAGUUUCAGAAGAAUGUUGCCGAGAAGCUGCAAGUUGACCCCGCUGAGAUGUCGCUUACAGAGCAGCUUUCACAAAUUGUCUCGCAGAAAGCUGCCGGAAAGCUUGACGUCAAAUCUCCCGAGGUCAACGCAUUUAUUGAAAGAGCCAGAGCGGACAGAAGGAACUUGCAGACGACCAUUCUUGAAUUGCUUCAAAUGCAAUGGAAGAACGAGCUCAACAUUGAUGGUAAGGAGACACUCAUCCGGUUAUUGUUCAUUGAUUCUUCCUUGGUUAGAGGACUUAAGCUUAUUGACGAAUCUUUGGUGCCCGAAGAACAUUUCAAUUCCACUACAAGAGUCAAGUUACUGCUUGUGGAGGAUGAAAAGAAGGCAGACAAGGAUGAUGAUGUCAGAAAUCUCCAAGAUCAUAACCACGAGGAUCCUGAUACGAGAGACCUCUUGGAUGUCUCCUCGUCAUUACCCUAUUCACGCUCGCAUUCUCUUACAAGUUUGAAUACCCUCAAUAAGGAAGAAGGGUCUGUGUUGAAGUUGCUGAAAAUCAACAAAGAUACACAUCUCCUAGACGAGUUUGAAAAGUGCUCUGGUGAAGAGCUUCGUGAGAAAAUUCUCAACGUUGAUCUUUCCGAGCUCGAUCGAGUCAUCGCUUUCCUCAACAGGAUGAAAGAUAAAGGCGUGAGCUUGAAGAGCGUCUUCAACCAGGCACCAGGCUAUGAUACCAAGAAUCUUUUGGCCGAAUUCCAUCGUCGUCUUGAGACUUUGAAGAGCGGCUCAGCGAAUCCGGGAAAUGAACCUUCCCACGAACAAAGAGAAUACGUCGAGCCUACCGAAGAUGAAAUCGAGGUCAAGGCUAAAGAGGAUGGUAACACUAUACAUGAAGCAUUUGACAGUGUCCUCAACCAAUUUCGCCCAGCGAGGACUUAA